CAACAAUCACUGGUUGACCGCAUCUCAUGAUCACCGCAUCUGAUCCCUGCUCUUUGAUCCCCCGCUUGACGUGUGAUAAUCGGUGCCGAAGACAAUGUCGGGUAACUUGAAGUCAGUCAUUGGCAACGUUAAAGAGUUGGUCAUCAAAAUCAAGACCAAACGUGACUUCAUUUUGCGUGAAUUGGACGGAAGACAAUGCGUGGACACCCGACUCAUGGAACUGUUGCUCAACUCGUUUGUGGACCAAAUACUGGACGGACAGGAUGUGAAGCCCGAGGCGGACAUUGUGGCCAAUAUCAGGAACUAUAGGCAGUGCUCGCAUCCCAACGCCGGCUCAGCCGCCGAUCCGGAGCUCAACAAACAGAUCAAACUCUUGGAGACCAAACUGGAGAUCGAGAAGAGCGACAAUCAGUCACUGCAUAGACGUCUUCAGACGUUUGGGGCGAAAGAAACUGAUUAUAAGAAACUAAUUAAAACGCUUACCGAUCGGAUCGAGAAAUAUAAAGCGAAUGAAACCAAACUCAACACUCGUAUUAAUGAGUUGAGCAGUAGAUCCGAUGCCGACACGAGUGACCAAUCGAUUGGCGAACGUCUCAGAAAUGAUUCAGACUCAGACUCAGACCAAGAGGAUCAGUUGAUUAAGAUGUGUUUGAGCUCAAAGCCGUUUAUCAAAAUGGGCGCCAAAAUCAAUCCGACUCUCAUUGAGUUGGAUAACGAAGAGACCAUUGAAUUGGAUAACGAAAAUACGGAUAUUGAAGACCAGGACAACAAUACGUCCAACGAGUCAGUUGUGGUCACUGAGAGGCCCACGCCGUCGGAACAGACGAACGGAAAUCAUCGGGCAAUGCGUGCGGUCGACAACAGUCCCAAAGGAAAGGGUCCCAAAUACUCGGUCCGACACACGGAGAGGGGUUGCGUGUGCUAUGAGUGCAACACUACUGGCUGUGACUUUAUGACCCUAUCGUUGAAACACGUGCGCUAUCACUGUCGCAACGAGUGCGCCGGCCUUCACUCGCCGGUGUGUCACAUGUGUAACCUGUCGUUCGCCUCCCAGUCGGAGCUCGACCUACACCUGUCCACAGACCAUAUCGUUAACUCUCAUCUCUCGCCGCCCAGAGUCAAGACAUCGCCGCCCGACGUGCGCACCGCCACUCACGGGUCACGCACUCGUGUGAUGUCCGACCGUUGCGAACGACAGUUGCGUCGGAAUCGCAAACAAACCCAACUCUUCGCCCCUGUGUUCCCACCGAAGAGAGUGAAACGCGAGAUCUUCUGA